AUGGACAUGCUACGCUUCCACAAGUUCACAGUUGGUGGAGCGUGGCUACCAGAGUACGGUAAUCCUGAUGUGGAGAAGGAUUUCAAUUUCAUCUAUAGGUCAGUAUUCCCCAUAAUCAAAUUCCCCGAAGAUGGACAAUGGCCAUCUACCUUGAUGAUGACUGCUGAUCAUGACGAUCGCGUUGUUCCAAGUCAUACGUUGAAGUAUGCGGCUGCAUUGUAUGAGAAGGCCAAACAGCACGAACUCCAGACAAACCCACUUCUAGUCCGCGUCGAGGUCAAGGCUGGUCAUGGUGCUGGGAAGCCUACUGCCAAAGUGAUAGCUGAAAUUGUUGAUAUGUACAGUUUCCUGCAGAGAGUUCUAAACCUCGAAUGGAGAGACUGA